GGGAUAGCGUGUUACUACACUCGAUAUGUCGCUUCUUUGCCGAGCUGGGUUGUUGCGUACAGCUUCCAGUGGAGUAUGCCGUCGCUUUCUUGCUACUGGAACACGAACUGUUGUUGAAGGCGCCGCAGAAACGGUGAAACCUCGCUCCAUUUCAGGCACAGUUUCUCAGUCAUGGGGGCGCGCGCUAGUAGCAGGAGGUUGUUUGGCAGGGAUCGGAAGUCUUUGCUUUUAUGGGCUGGGAAUGUCGUCUGAAGCGGGAGCCAUAGACAGAGCUAAGUUCUGGCCUCGUGUAGUAAAAGAAAGAGUUCAGAAGACGUACACAUACUUUACCGGAGGCCUAGCCGUGACUGCAGCCGCAGCAGCAGCAACCGUACGUUCCGGACUCAUCGCACGUUUCUCUCGUAUGAGCCCUAUUGUAUUUCUUCUUGUUGGUCUUGGUGGCUCUCUAGGCAGCUACAUGUUGUGCGUCUCUGUCCCGUAUGAGAACACGUUGAUGAAGCACUCGGCCUGGUUGAUGUUCAGUGGUGUGUGGGGAAUGUUUCUUGCACCUGCUGUUAUGAUGGGAGGCGCUCUGGUUGCUAGGGCUGCUAUUUAUACGGCAGGAACGGUUGCAGGUUUGACAUUCACUGCGGCUUGUGCACCGUCGGAUAAAUUUUUGAACUGGGCCGGACCGUUGUCGUUAGGAUUGGGAGCUGUGUGUGUGGCAUCAAUUGGGAGUAUGUUUCUUGGUCCGAUGAGUUCGCUCGGUAUGGGAAUGUAUUCGUUUACUCUCUACGGAGGGUUGAUCGUGUUCGGAGGAUUCAUGCUCUACGACACACAGAAAAUCAUCAAGGCCGCUGAGAUGGAGCCUCAUUUUGAUCCAGUGAAUGCGUCUCUCGGUAUUUACAUGGACGCCAUCAACAUAUUCAUUCGUAUACUGACCAUCCUCUCAUCAUCAUCAAGAAAGAAAUGACUCAAACGCAAACUACAAUAAUCCAACUAGUCUGGUAUGUCUCAACACCAUGUGACACUA